CCUAUAAUUCCUAUAAACUCCCCCCCACCCACCGCUCCUCAUAUUAUAUCAUCUCAUAAUUGUAGCAUGUUAAUAGUGUCUCCUUAUUGCUCAUCUCUCUCACCUGGUCUUCCACUGCUAUGCUUCACCCCUGUUCCCUGACAUUCAUUCUCGGAUCAGACCCGACAGCCUGAAAUCAAAUGGCGCCGAUUGGCUCAAACAACGACGGCCCGCCGCCGUCCACCGUUGAGAUGAUCCCCACCAAUGGUCACAACAAACAACCACAACUCCACCCAAACAUUUGCUCUGACCACAACAAUGAUGAGAAAUCGAGGGGUACACCUAACAGAGAGACUCCAUUUUCAACUGGGGAACGUAAUGGCUGCGCAGUGAUUAACGAAGUUCCUGUUCCUAUUCCUCUUCAUCUUCCUCCUCCCAGACAAAACAGAGGCAAGAAAGUUUCAGUCUUGCCCUUAGUUUUUAUCAUUUUCUAUGAAGUAUCGGGAGGACCGUUUGGCGUGGAGGAUAGCGUGGGGGCAGCCGGCCCCCUUCUUUCUCUUCUUGGAUUCUUGUUGUUCCCACUCAUAUGGAGUGUCCCAGAGGCACUGAUCACAGCUGAGAUGAGCACAAUGUUCCCUGAAAAUGGUGGCUAUGUGGUGUGGGUUUCUUCUGCUUUGGGCCCUUUCUGGGGUUUUCAGCAAGGUUGGAUGAAAUGGCUGAGUGGGGUUAUUGAUAAUGCACUCUACCCUGUUAUGUUUCUUGAUUAUCUCAAAUCUGAGAUCCCAGCACUAUCUGGUGGCCUUCCUAGGGUUUUAGCAGUAUUGGGUUUGACUGUUGUGCUCACUUUCUUGAAUUAUAGGGGUUUAACUGUUGUGGGGUUCUUUGCUGUUCUUCUUGGGGUGUUCUCAAUUCUUCCCUUUGUGGUUAUGGGGCUGAUUUCCAUUCCCAAGAUAAGCCCUAAAAGAUGGUUGGUGGCAGAUAUCCAUAAUGUAGAUUGGAAUCUAUAUCUCAACACUCUCUUUUGGAACCUCAACUAUUGGGACUCAAUAAGUACUUUAGCAGGGGAAGUGGAAAACCCAAAGAAAACCCUGCCAAGGGCUUUGUUUUAUGCCAUGAUUCUGGUGGUUUUGGGGUACUUCUUCCCGGUUUUAACCGGGACCGGAGCCGUUCCCCUCCAGCGUGACCAAUGGACCGACGGGUACUUCUCAGACGUAGCGAAAAUCAUAGGCGGGGCGUGGCUAAGAUGGUGGAUUGAAGCGGCUGCAGCAGUGUCGAACAUAGGGAUGUUCGUGGCUGAGAUGAGCAGCGACUCGUUUCAGCUUCUUGGCAUGGCGGAAAGAGGGAUGCUCCCCGAGUUCUUCGCGAGGAGAUCCCGCCAUGGAACCCCACUCAUCGGGAUCCUCUUCUCAGCAUCCGGGGUCAUCUUACUCUCCUGGCUCAGCUUUCAGGAGAUUAUAGCAGCAGAGAACUUCCUGUACAGUUUUGGAAUGAUACUAGAGUUCAUAGCUUUCAUUUGGCUGAGAAUUAAGCAGCCUAACGCCCCGCGACCUUACAAGAUACCCUUUGGUACAAUUGGAGCUUUUCUGAUGUGCGUACCGCCUACCUUGCUCAUAUGCGUCGUCUUGGCGUUCUCCUCGGCUAAAGUUGCACUUGUAAGCCUCGUUGCAGUCGCCAUCGGGCUGGCAUUGCAGCCGUGUCUUAAGCACGUCGAGAAGAAAAGAUGGCUCAAGUUUUCAACUAGUUCGGAUCUGCCUGAUAUUCGUCGUCAUACUACACCUGAUCAAACAUCAAUAAUCUGAUCAAACUCAACAUCUUAGUGUAUACACAGUUUGAUAUUAUUGCAAGAAAUCCAGCUCACAAUAGUCUCUGAAACUGAUAUGUUGUUUGCUUUAGUGAGAUGGGUUGGUAGAUAGAUAGAUAUCUAUUAUCACUUCAAUAUGUAGUUUUUUCUUUGUAGAUUAGUAAUCUUAAGUUGUUUCAAAUGCUCUCUAAGUUUGGUUGUAAAUAGGCAUGGAUCAAUUGGUAUGCUAUAAUCCGAGAUUUGAUAGUAUAUCAUUAUUACAUCACUCAUAAUCAAAAUCAUGUUUCGGACUGGUUAGCCAAGAA